AGAAAAAUAAAAUAAAUCAUUUGAGAUGGAAAAAAAAGGAAGUUCACAUGAUGGGGUGACAUACAAGUGAAGAUAAGUACACGAGGCACUCAUGGAUUCCCUCAACACACAAAAUUAUUUGACUCGGCUCAACCUUUUUUAAUUUAUUUUUAAAUAAAAUUCUCAGAUCCUCUCUUCUCACUCUCACUCUCACACUCACUUCCCUCUGUAUCAAACGCAUAAAGAACAGCGAUCACAAUACCUGCUUAAUUACCCCAACAAUGGCGUCCUCUUCCUGUUUAAGAAUAGAAACCAUCUUCUCUUCCACAUUCUCUAAGCUUAAGCAAUCUAAUCCAAAUCGAAAUGCCACUAAUAUCAUUUCUUCUUCUAAUUCUUCUCGUCUUUUGUAUCCAGAACUUCCUAUUUUAAGAACAACCUCACCUUCUUUUCGCUCCCUCUCUAUCAAAGCUUCCUCUUCGACUGCCAUCGCUGAACCAGAAGGCAUCAAGAUUAAUUCACUUCCAACUAAGCCUAUUGAAGGUCAGAAGACAGGAACUAGUGGUCUUCGAAAGAAGGUUAAAGUUUUCAUGCAAGAAAAUUACCUAGCAAAUUGGAUCCAGGCAUUAUUUAAUUCAUUACCGCCAGAGGAUUACAAGAAUGGGUUAUUGGUCUUAGGAGGAGAUGGUCGUUAUUUCAACAAAGAAGCUGCACAGAUAAUCAUCAAAAUUGCGGCUGGAAAUGGUGUUGGUAAAAUCUUAGUGGGCAAGGAAGGUAUUAUAUCUACACCAGCUGUUUCUGCUAUAAUCAGAAAGCACAGGGCGAAUGGUGGAUUUAUAAUGAGUGCAAGUCAUAAUCCUGGAGGCCCUGAAUAUGAUUGGGGUAUCAAGUUUAAUUAUAGCAGUGGGCAACCUGCACCUGAAUCAAUCACCGACAAGAUCUAUGGGAAUACCCUUUCUAUCUCUGAGAUUAAAAUGGCAGACAUUCCUGAUGUUGAUCUUUCUUCUCUUGGAGUUGCAAAACAUGGAAACUUCAUUAUUGAAGUAGUGGACCCAGUUUCUGAUUAUUUGGAGCUAAUGGAGAAUGUAUUUGAUUUUGAACUCAUCAGAAGUCUUCUUUCACGUUCAGAUUUCAGGUUUAUAUUUGAUGCCAUGCAUGCUGUUACUGGUGCUUAUGCAAAGCCCAUCUUUGUGGACAAGCUGGGGGCUAGUCCGAAUUCAAUUUUAAAUGGAAGUCCUUUGGAGGAUUUUGGGCAUGGUCAUCCUGAUCCUAAUCUUACAUAUGCCAAGGAUUUGGUGAAUAUUAUGUAUGGUGAGAAUGGGCCUGAUUUUGGCGCUGCAAGUGAUGGAGAUGGUGACAGAAAUAUGAUCCUAGGUAGAGGGUUUUUUGUUACUCCUUCAGAUUCUGUUGCUAUCAUUGCUGCCAAUUCGCAGGGAGCAAUUCCAUACUUCAAGAAUGGCCCUAAGGGUUUAGCUCGGUCCAUGCCAACAAGUGGUGCACUGGAUCGUGUGGCUGAAAAAUUAAAUCUACCUUUUUUUGAGGUCCCCACUGGCUGGAAAUUUUUUGGAAAUCUUAUGGAUGCUGGAAAGUUGUCAAUUUGUGGGGAAGAAAGUUUUGGAACUGGUUCUGAUCACAUUCGUGAGAAGGAUGGCAUAUGGGCAGUGUUAGCUUGGCUUUCAAUUAUUGCUCACAGAAAUAGGGACAAGAAACCAGGGGAGAAGUUAAUAUCUGUUUCUGAUAUUGUGAAAGAAUACUGGGCAACAUAUGGAAGAAAUUUCUUUUCUAGAUACGACUAUGAAGAAUGCAAGUCUGAAGGAGCAAAUAAAAUGAUAGACUAUCUUAGAGAUUUGAUUUCUAAGAGCAAACCGGGUGAAAAGUAUGGAAGUUAUGUCCUUCAGUUUGCUGAUGACUUCAAGUACACUGAUCCUGUCGAUGGAAGUGUGGUCUCAAAGCAAGGGGUCCGGUUUGUUUUUACUGAUGGGUCAAGGAUCAUUUUCCGGUUAUCUGGAACUGGAUCUGCAGGUGCAACUGUUAGAAUGUAUAUCGAACAGUUUGAACCUGAUGUGUCUAAACACGAGAUGGAUGCCCAAACAGCCUUAAAACCGUUAAUAGACCUGGCAUUGUCUGUAUCAAAGUUGGAGGACUUCACAGGAAGGGAGAAGCCUACAGUCAUCACAUAAAGCCUCUAUCACCGUGUAGUCUCAUGAAUGAAGCGCUGUCCUGAGUUAUGCUCAAAGCAGGUCUCGGAAAUAAUUUAUUUUUUCUUUUAGGUUGAAUUUGCCUCGAAUUUCUUUUCCUGCUUAAUUUUGGUUGUCUUGUAGCUAUUUGCUAUGAUGAUACAAUAAGCCUCCCUGUAUAAUAUGUGAAAACCCGCAAAUGGAAAUAAAAUUCUCCAUGAUAGGUGCUUGUCUUUU